ACACAAGUUUGCAUGAUCGACGUGAACGUUACAUACUCUAAUACCAUUUCCGGGUAGUUAGGGUUUAUGAAUGUUGGAUCUUUCUGAACCGCUUUCUCUGGAAGCUCAAUUUAUGGCAGUAAUUUAUAAAGGAAACAAUUUUCGGGUCUAGCCUUCUUCAAUCUUUGUGUUCUAAUCUUCAAGCUACUAUAUUUCGUUCGCGGCUUUUUCUUAGUAUAAAAUAUGACGUCACUUUUGUUCCAUCGUCGGCCUCUUCUCUUCCAGCGAUGUUUGCUUUCUUCCACUGUUAAAUAGCGCGAUUGAGUUAAACAAGUGUGAAAAUAGUCGUUGCUUCCCUAGAUGCGUUUUUGGCCUUACCGUCGCUUAAAAAUGAAAAGGAAGACUUAUAUCGCGUUAUGUGUAUAACCGGAACCUCAGGCUCGUGGGCUAUUGGGAGCAAUAUUCAUAUAUCUGAGGAAAUUCAUACCAACUGCAAUUUGUGAUGUUUCUUUUUUCUUACUGAUACCGUGGGCCCUUGCACCCAAUACAGGCAUUUCCAACAAUACAACGAUGAUAAUUUGUCUUCUACCUAACGAAACCGAAAUUCAUCGAAAUCAAUCAUCAUUAUCGUCAUAUGUUGUGUUCACUUCGCUGUACGCAUCGAGAACGAUGCAUUACAGCAGACUUCGGUUACUAAUCUGACAACAAAGCGUCUAAUCGUUUUCUCGGCUACGCAGGCAUCAACUUUCAGGGCAGCCUGCAGGCGUCUGCUAUAAUGUGGCCUCGCUAUCGUUCCGAAAACCACAUCAUGAACGCCACAUUUGAUACGUGAAACGUCCCGGCGGUACUUAGCGCGUUUGUCUUUUUCGAAAAAAAACUUGCGUCAGUGACUUAGAACGACCUAUGACCGGCAGGCUUAAAUAGGAUCGGAACUAUUGUUUGACACCGAUCUACGCCAAUCUAUCUUUUGCUCAGAUUUCGUUCUUCUCGAACUUGUUUACUUUGUCCUCGUUCUCUUUAACAGGGUAUCGGGACAGUGCUAAGCAUCAAUGAAUUGAGAUGCAUAUAAACCGAAAUAAUCCCAUGAAAGCGAUUGUCAUUUGGCUUGCCAUUCAUUUCUCUUGUGACAUCAGGCGACUGUGACCACGUUGGCGCAGUUCAAGCGUUACAGGAUAAUCUGUAUUCGACAAAUGGCGGCGUACAUGAGUUAGUAGUCCUUGCUUUGUCUAUCCUCGUGACCUAUAAACCUAGUGGAAUAAAUACCCGAAUUAAGUUAGCUUGAUCGGCGCGCGGGGGCUGUUUUCUCGUGGACAACAGAUCCACCUGAAAUGGCUAUCCAGUGGGGAUUGGUUUGUGCUUUUCUCGUCGUGAUUCUGCUCAUCAGUUCAGAGACUUCUGCCAUGUUCAUCAGUGACGUAAAAGAAGAAGUGAAAAAACCUUGUAGGUUUCCUGGAACACCAUGGCAUGGAAAGGUCGAGCCGUUGAUCUCACCUGCCAACAAGCGGGAAUUCCCUCAUAAAACCAAUGUCAGCUACUCCUGUGAUCCCGGCUACACGCUGGUUGGCAUGAAGAAGCGGCAAUGCGACAACGGAAAAUGGCGUAAUCCAGUUCCGAAGUGUCUACGCAAUAUGGCGUUGGAAAAACCAGUGUUCUUCGAUACUGAUUAUACACAUGCGAGCUACGCUGUUGACCAUGAUGAGAAUAGUUGCGUGGCAUCGAAGACCAAACAUGCAAAAUACACAAUGAUCGUCGACCUAAUCGAGCCCACUACGGUCAAGUUAAUCACUGUCCUAUUUGGAGAACCAGCAUUCAACGUGUCGGUAAUGAUACGAGUGGGUAGCCAUUAUCCAAACACAUCGAAAAUUUGUGGCCACAAAAUCCUCGACAUCGUUCCCGGUUUGCCCAACUAUUUCAGUUGUCGGGACAACCCAGUUGGCAGACACGUUUCCGUGCAGGUGACACAUUCGAAAGACAUAGUGAACUUCUGUAACUUACAAGUUCUUUCGGAAAGUGCCCUUGCUGCCCAGGACGUGUGCUCCAACCAAAAUGAUAAUCUAAAUACGACAAUUGGUUCGUUUGGCACUCGGUGUAUCAAAGUUUUUCGACAACGAGUAGCAACGAUCGAGGAAGCACGAAGUGUGUGCAAAAAUAUUGCUGGCCACCUUCUCGAGCAGAUGGAUAAAAAUCUCCAAGAUUACGUCAACUGGCACCUGGCAACUCACUUUGCUGAAGAAAAGAAUACCAGUGCCUGGUUAGGCGCUAGACGGGACAAAAACGCAUCUUUAGGCUGGAGUUGGUUCAGCGGAGAACCCGUCAUAAGUGACGACAUUUUAGAAGAUAAGGGAUUCGGUUUGAGCUACGAUUGUCUGACGAUGGAAGGAGAGGUUUGGAAGGUGCAAAAAUGCAUAGGAUCUCAUUAUGCUGUGUGUAUCCACGAUCUGAGAACCUGCGGAACCCCGCCUAUGCCUGAAGGAGCCGCCAUCAUGCAUCAGAAUGGACAAGUACCCGUUAACCAGAUCAGCAAAGUUUUCUGCGGUGAGAGUUACUACCUUGACGGAGAUGAGGUUCGUUGCUUCGGAAACGGGUCGAUCUCACAAAAGGAACCUGCAUGUCUUCCAUUCAACUGCUCGCUGACAAUGGAGGAUGGGACGAUCGCACGUCUAGAUGGAUCGAAUCGGGCCAACUUUUCAUGCAACCCGGGUUUCAUAUUGGCUUCACCUUCUAAUGAGUCGGAAUUGCGUUGCAUUGAUAGACACUGGACGCCCCAGACGCCACUGUGUCUGGAGGAAACGAGUCCCACCACAAACAAGGGUUUCGAAGAUGUUCACAGGGUAGGGGACAUUCUGCAGGAGGAGAUAUCAAUUCUCUCACGAAUUCCGGCGUUCAUUAUGGACCUUGACAUCCUCUCUGUCAUCACCGGUGCAACGAUUAUAACAAUCGUAAUCGGACUUAGUGUUUACCUGGUGUAUAAUCGAAGACGCGCCACUACGGGAGAGCAAAUCGUCCGUCAGAACUGGAGCCUUAUGAGUUUUGGCGUCCCAAUGAAGGAUCUACCCGUCGCGUCCUUAGGUCCGGUUUCUGAGCCACCGAGUUUUGAAAGCCAGCGCUGCGGUACUGUCAUUCUACCGAAGUGCGUCUAGUUAUAAUGGUAAGGAACGAAAAUAACAUUAAGGGAUUCGAUGCUCGAUUCAACCAGAGCCACCUUGAUUGAGAAAAACACAUAAUACGCAUUUUGUUUUUACAGAUUUGAUAUGAGCUUAUUGUAGCUCAGGAUGUACAGGAACGAAAACACAUCUGAUUCUACUGUGUUUUUUUUUUUUAAAUACUUUUAUAUUGUAUAGCAUUGUAGCAUCAUUGUUAUAGAAUACGUAGUUACUUCUGUUGUUCUUUCCAUGAAUAUCGUGUUGUACCAUUGCAACGCGUUGUAACUGGUUGCAUUAACGUAGAGGCAAUUCUUUCGAACUUAAAUAGAAUGUCUGUGCAUUGUAAUUAUAAGACGUAUUUGAUGUAUUUAGUGGUGGGCGUAUUUGUAAUACUCUGUAGACGGUUGGCUUGAAUUUGACCAUAAGAAGUGCCAAACUACAUGUCCCGAGCAUAAGAAAUCGAUCAGUGAGUCGGGGCUAAUUAAGCGGAUCUAGCAAAAACGUCGUUGAUUUCAUAAUCUGUGAUUCGUCUGACAGAGUACGUCAUGAACCUCAAAGGACUUAACACAUUUAGAAGCAAACGCAUUGGACAGUUAGUUCUUUUCAAGAUACAGAAUGAGCUAUAUUAUGAGCUAAGCUGGCCUGCUCUGUAAUUGUAAGACAACAGACUAAUAAUUAUAUUAUAAUUAUAAGUCGGUUAUUAUGGAGAAAAAUAUUUAUAACCAUAGACAUGUAUGUGUAUGUAUGUAUGUAUGUCGCGUCGUCUGAUGUGUAGAUGUGCCAAAGCAAUAGUUUUGACAUGAAUUGCAGCAAUUUUAUUCAAAUUAAAUAAAGUUUCAUGCGACAUAAUUUUAAGAUUUGAAUAGCUUCUCUGUUUUUGUUUAUUCUCUUCUGUUAGCAAACUGAUAAGCUAAACCUGAGCCUGUUACUAAGAGGGUACGCUUCGGACAUGUCUAACAACGUUUGCAAUCCAACUUCUGGUGGUGUGCAUCAAAUCGUAUAGGCGAAAGUACAAACAAGGUGGACGUGACUUAAAAUAGAUAUUCUCACUCUUACGUAAUAUAUCAAGCGCGGCGACUUGUCAUUAAUUUUCGCGCGUCUUCAGAUACAGUGUCAAGAGUAGGCAAUCGAUGCAUGCAGUGGUCGAGCCAUAACACGAUCAUCGCCAAUCUAGUCCCCAGUCAAGUAAUUCCAUUUCUAGCCAACGUUCUGUUUUCCGUCUUGUCAAGGAUUUAUUUCCGAAAUGCGUUUAGUUGCACUUCCCGUUCUCCCUAGCGAUGCAAUUCGGAAGCUCCGUUGCCAAAAGUUUCAGCAGCAGCUUUUUUACGGACAGUCGGACCGCAAGUAUCACUAUGACGUUUUAUAUCGUGGGGUUCGCCAGUGCUUCCGACUCGGAUCAGGUUGUGCGGAUGGUAUAUUUCGACAGAUUGGACAAAUUUACUUUUGGUAACACGUGGGAAUUAUUGUUUGCCCAGACCUUGUGACUGGGCUAUGUGUGGCCACUAUUUUUGACUUUCAUCAUGUCGUCCGAGUGUUUUUAUUCGGUGCAGAGGAUGCGAUCGCAGUUUUAUUGACGGUCGAAUCAGACUGGGAGUCUCUAGCCCCAUUGUGGGUCAUAGUGCCGUCAUCUUUUCUUAUUCUUGCAUCCCAGUCGGGAAACAAGCAAGUGACAUUUAUACA